CCAAGUACGAUGUUCCUGUCCUCACCCUUUGGUAUAUAGAGGACCAAGAGACCCCUGUUUAUAGUUACGACCAGCGGGAACCCAGGAGGUCGUUCAGCUGGUCCGAAGAGAGCGUGUUCGGUGGGAGGGCAAAAUUCCUCCCUAGGGAACACCCGCCCGUCCUCAUGCUGACCAAUGUCACAGUUCACGACCACAAGCUCUAUCGCUGUAGGGUCGACUACCACAAAUCAAACUCGAGGCAGGCUUGGGUCAGGCUCACAGUCAUAGUUCCGCCGAGUGGAAUCAAAAUCAUCCCCCAGAUUUCUCCAGUCGUUCUCGGCCAAAGGAAUGACGUAAUUUGCAGCGCGACUGGAGGGUCACCCUUAGCAAAAGUAGAGUGGAUACAAGAAGGGCAAAUAGUGGACUCAACGAGCACCCCGAACGACGAGAGAGACGCGUCCUACAACAGCCUGGAAGUCAGGGCUACCCGGAAGGACCUCAGCGAAUCCUUCACUUGUAGAGCCUACAAUAACAAGUACACGCCCAUGCUCCAGGCUACCUACAGGAGGAACGUCACCUGUGGUCCGUUAAGCGUCGAAAUCGUACCGGAAGAGAAGCCUAUAGUAGCUGGUCGAAUGGUCAAACUAAUUUGUACCGUCGUGGGCAGCCAUCCGCCGGCGUUAGUCACGUGGUUUCAGCAGGGUCAGCAAGUUACACCAUUACAUACGCAGGUCCAAGAGAGAGACAACGUGACCGUCAGCACACUUUUACUGAAGGUCACAAGAGGUCACCACGGUCGACAAAUGAUCUGUCGUGCUGACCACCCCAUUCUGCCUCUGUCGACGCUGGAGGACAUCUACACACUCGACGUCUUAUAUAAGCCGAACGUCAGCCUGUCCCUGGGGAGGUCCUUAGACUUCCAGACCCUUCGGGAGGGGAAUGACAUCUUCUUCGAGUGUCACGUCGACUCCAACCCGCCCCCUUACAAGGUCACGUGGCACCAUCAGAACGAAGAGCUUUUCCACAACGUGAGCGCAGGUGUGCUGGUGAGCGAGUCUACGCUCGCCCUCCAACACGUGCAGAGGCACAGGUCCGGAGACUACAAGUGCAUAGCCUCCAACGUCGAGGGAGACUCGGAAAGCAACGUAGUCUCCAUCAAUAUAAAAUACUCUCCACGGUGCGCCGUUUCUCCCUCACUGAGGGGGGUGGCGCUUUUCGAGCUGACCAACAUAACCUGCGAGGUGGACGCGGACCCUUUCAACGUCUCGUUCAAGUGGACCUUCCACAACUCGGUCAGGAGGGACCAGAGUCAGGUCCGUGAGUACACCCAAGAGGGCCUGAAGAGUACCCUCUCCUACACCCCCAUGUCCGAGAGGGACUACGGUACACUCCUCUGCUUCGCCACGAACGACGUGGGACCCCAGAAGGAGCCUUGUUCCUUCACCAUCAUUUCUGCAGGUUUUCCUCCUGAAGAAGUGAGUAACUGCACAGCGGGGAACAUCACCUCCCACUCGGCCUUCAUCAAUUGUCUUCCAGGCUUCGACGGAGGGCUGCCCCAGAAGUUCCUUCUGCAGAUUUGGGAGACGAAGGACGACCAGCUGGUCCUCAACAUGACGAGCCAGACGCCGACCUUCAAGGCCAAGCCCCUUGACCCUGGGAACACUUACAGGGCGAAGGUGGUGUCCUUCAACAGCCGAGGCAGGAGCAAGCCUAGCAAGUUCAUCAUCUGGACCCUGAAGAAAGCCGAGAUGCGGAAGAGCCUACCUUCCAUGGUACCCCCCUCUCCUCCCAUGUUCAUUAUGGGGGUGGUAGGGGGCAUUAUAGCCGUGACAGGCGCCCUGGUCAUAGCAAUCCUAUGCUGGGUACGGAAGAAGAUGAAGCAUCCUACCCACAGGGACAUCCUACAUGCCCAGGUCAUCCUGAAGGAGAACAAUCCUGACCUAUAA